GAAAAGUUUUGAGCAUAGUUUCUCAAGUUGAUUUCUUGAGAAUGUAUAGUUUUUGCUGCAGAGUAGAUGACUUUCUUUUUUAAUUUCUUUUAUUUACUUUUAUGUGCAUUGGUGUUUUGCCUGCAUGUAUUGUGAGGGUGUCAGAGAUCUUAGAGUUACAGCCAGUUGUUAGCUGCCAUAUGGGUGCUGGGAAUUGAACCCCAGGUCCUCUGAAAGAGCAGUCAAUGCUCUUAACCACUAAGCCAUCUCUGCAGUCCAUUUCUGUAUCAUAAUCCAAACUGAUGGAUUUGGUUUUUGCUUUUGGUGUUGUUGUUUCAGAGAGAUCCUCAGCCAUGGUUUCUACUAGGAAACAUCUUAAGAUGGACCCAUUUCUUUUCUGUGGGAUACUUGGAGACAUGAAUAAGUGCUCAGAUGAAAGAGGACCCCUGGGCUCACACCAGGCCUAUUUUCCAUGUACCCCACUCUUACACAGCAAUUUGAACAUCACCAUCCCUUCUCUAUUCCCAGUUAUCGCUCAGGGCCUCCUGAAGCACAACGCUGAAGGCCGAAUCCAGAGCAUGCAACUCCUGGACCGUCUGAAUGUCUCAGGGAUCGUGGCCCCAGGGAUGGUAGGCUGGCUGAUUGGUGGCGUGAACUUCCAGCAGCAGCAAGAGAUCAGCAUCAACAUCACCAAUGUGCAACUGGACUGUGAUGGGAUCCAGAUGGCGCUGCCUAAAGAGUGGUUCUCGACAAACAUCACACUGGACUUUGACGUUGAAUUCCGACUGCCCUUCAAUUCUAAUAUCAUCAAGACGCAUGCCCGCAUGGGCCUUGCUGCAGAGUCCUGGCUGGAGAAAGAUGAGUUUGGCCGGAGGGAGCUGGUGAUGGGCAGAUGCCACAUGGAGCCCAACAGUGACGGUGCAUCUAUGUCCACUGAGGAAGUCCCACCCAAGAUGAAACAUUUUCUCCACAACCUCCGAGAAAGCCUGGGGAAAGUUAUUCCGAACCUAGUAGAAAGUCAGGUAUGUCCUCUGAUCGGUGAGAUCCUCCGGCAGCUGGAUGUGAAGCUGUUGAAAGGCCUCGUGGAACAGGUGGCUGCUCAUAAUCUUGGUCAACUCUGAAUCAGCCAAACCCCUCGGGUGCCAGGCUUGAGGGGCCUCCCACUGCCUGCCGUUGGUCAGAAGAAGGUACUUCUGGUUGAGACCUAAGUCUCUCUUAAUGUGGGUGUUCUGCUGUCCCCUGGAAACAUGACCCCCAGGUUCCAAGACAUCCUGUCCUCUCCAACAAUAAACUCUAACUCUGAAGGAUACACCAGCCCCACCUGGAGGGUACACCACCACCUCUUAACCCCACCCUGCCUUGAGCUUUAGUGUAAACAUCCCUGGUUUGCUCGCCAGCCCAGUAAUGGUGGGGAAUGCCCACUCUAGUCUGGUGUUGCCAGCCAGGGACCUUGCUCAAAGCAGGGAAGGGCCAGUGAUGUCUCACUCCUCAUUUGCUCAUCGAUGUUUAGUGAGCACCUACUGUCUGUUGCUGUGCUCCCAGAGGUCACAGAGGAAGCAUAAGAGCAAGAAAUCAAAAGAGACCCAGGAUCAGACCAGAUUCAGCUCUGUAAAGGCAACCAGUGUCCUCAGUACCCACGCAAAAGAAGGCAAGAGGGCAAGCUCAGCAAAGGUGGUUUGGGGCACAGAUGAGUAGGUGACUCCUGACUUGAGGACUCACUAUCUGUGUCUUAGACAAAGACCCGCACCCUUUGGUCAUUGUCACCUGCAAUGUGGGACUAACGGUUUUUCAGGACCCAUAGCACACUGCUGACACCCACACCAACACUUCAGGACACUGGCCAUGUUCAGUCAAACUGAGCUUUGCACCUGGUUAGCCAUGUGGCAGGGUCCCCACAAGGUGUCAGAAGACAAGGGUGUUGUGGUAGCCAUGCUUACAAUAGCCCUAAAGCAGCAAUAUUCCUGAUCAGCUACAGAGGACUGACAGGCAGGUAGGAAGGCAGCAGAGCCACACGCUGUGACAAAAUAGUUGACGGAAAGGACAGCCCACUUCACACAACAGUUUGGGUGAACCUUCUGAAGUUGCACUAGAAAAGUCCAACCUGAAGCACACGUGUUGCAACUCCAAUGACACAGGACAAAAACAACAAAGCAAAGGCACACUGCUAGAGGUCAGGGUAACUACGGUAGGGGGAGGCCUGGAAACAGG